UACGUGGCCAAUAUUGAGACGGACAGGGGUACGAAAGAACGAGUAUGUUUCUAUGAUACAGCAGGACUGGAGCCCCCGCUUACAGAUCAUGGCCGACGUACCAACACCAAUGAAAACAAUGGGAGAGCUGACCUUACAAGCACCAGACGACGACGACGAAAAAGAAGUCUUCGCAUCAGUACUAAGUGCAGUAGAAAACAACUACCCUGUCGGUUGGAAGGAGUGGGAGGUACUUGAUCUCACCCAAAAGGACUUGUUUGGGGACGAAUUGUCAUCAACUACAGACAGCAAGUUGCGGUUUGGCAUACCAACGACCGACCUCGUACGAGCGUUCUACCCUGAGGCUAAGGAUCUUCCUGAAAGAGCUUAUCGCUACAUUCGUAAGAUUUUGCUUUCGUGGCCGAUCACUGUUGAGCAAGGCAGCGGUAAUCAUCUUAUGGCUGCUGUCCUCCAGCAACAAAUGGAACUUUUCAAUAAGUUAGUUGAAAUGCAGUCUGAGCAGGGCACGAGAUUCGAAAACCAACGAAUUGCAAUGCGACAGCCGAUGCGAGAAGCUCCACCUUUAGAUGACUCCUACGAGUCAGUCCCGGAUAGUACUCAGGAAGUUGAAGAAACCAUACCUCACAGUUCCCCUACUUGGGAGGAUGAUGAAGAUGCUGACUCAGAUUGCGCGGAAGAGGCAAGUUUGCAAGAAGCCAUAAAACAAACGGAAAGACGUUUAGAAGAGCUAAAAUCUGCCAAAGCCGCUAAAAACGCAUCUAAAAGGGGGAUUUCGUCCGAAGUCUUGCCAGCAUUCAACUUCAAACCUCAUACAACUGAAUCCGAGUCAUACAUGUCAAAAGCAGAUCCCGUGUUAGCACAGCAGGCAAAGGAUUGUCAAAGACUGGGGACAGAUGGCUGGACAAAAAUGAAGUACAAAGAAGUACAAAAGCAAUUCCAGGCCACCCCUGUGUUUACCUCACUGAAAGUGAACAACCAGUUUGCGGGAAUCACACCAAGUUGGUCUUCGGUAACGAUCUUAGAGAAAACCGAUCUUAUUCUGGGUGCUAUUACGAACGGUUUGCUGCAGCAACGGAAAUUCUUUGAGGAACAGUGUGACAAAAUGCCGCAGAAAUUAAAGCAAAAAGUGGGAGAAGAAUUCCUAGCUGCUAAUUCUAAGUUUCGCAAAAGCUCCGAUGACUUGCUCCAAUAUGUGUGUGGACGCCGAGCAGAAAUCAUCUACCAGAGCAGAAACACAUACAAGCCGCCGCACGGCCUCACAGGAUGGGAGGUCGGGAGGCCAACGCGCGCGCGCAAUCAUAAUUCCACACGAAGACUGGCGGUCAUCUUGCGCGCUCUCGCUCUAUAUACGCGUCGACGCGCUCCUUUCACUUAUUUUUCUAUUCGCGCCGUGCCACAAUUCACCUUAACUCCAUCGGCGCACGGGUCCGAGUCGCUCGCUUCAAGCCUCGAGAACACCUGCUCUAAAGCCGCCAACUGGUGUUCUAGGGAAAAGGUUCGCCAUUUCGAAGUUUCCGCAAUGGACAGGCCUUCUCUGUACGAACCCUUUAUCUACUUGACUUCCAGACUCAACCCGGUGCAGAACAAGACAGCGUUCCCACAACUCAGCACUUUAAGCAAGUUAACCCAGAAGAAUAACAAGAGCGAAGCCAUGUAA